AUCAAUUUUUUUUCACGUAUCACCAAUAUCUUUUGCUCAACAGCUAACUGCGCUGAACUGUACGUGGCUGGCCAAAAUACCAGCGGUGUCUACAAAAUCGACCCUGAUGGUUUAGGUGCCUUUUAUGUGUACUGUAACCAGAGUGCGGCUGUUGGAGGAUGGACAGUGAUCCAGAGAAGACUGAACGGCUUUGUCAAUUUUAAUCGUAGCUGGUGUGACUACAAGCAUGGCUUCGGUAAUUUGAAUGGCGAGUUUUGGCUAGGACUGGACAAAAUAAACCGUCUCACUUGGAGAACGAAGAACCGGCUUCGAGUAGAUCUGGAAUUCAAUAGCAAUAACAUUAUUCAUUAUCCUUACGCCGAGUACGACUUUUUUGGCGUUAAAUCGGAAUUGGAUAAUUAUCAUUUGAUUAUCGGAGGGAAUUCUUCAGGUAGGUUAGUCGUUAUGCCUUAAUUACCAUGAUUAAUAGAAAACGUAGUAUCUAAACAAUUCACCAGCUUGAUGUUUUGCAUUAAUAAGUACCCUCAAAGAGUUUUUAUCGAAUUGUUACGACAUAAAAAUGAAGAAAUCUUUCAUAGUUGUCUUGCAAUUAGAUUUACUGUCAACAAAAUCUGAUCAAAAUUUUUAACUCGUUCUUUUGUUUUUGUUUUUGUUUUUGUUUUUUGUUUUUUUGUUUUUGUUUUUUUUCAGUUUUUCUCUUCUGUUAGAGGAGUAUCUAAUUUGAUUUAUCAAACAAUUAUUUACAAUAUCUUUCGUACGAAUUUCAAUGGCCUUCUUUGUUUUAUGAUGCCCUGUGGGUGUUGUGUUGCCUUUCGAGGGAUGGCAGGAUGACCUCGUUGACAUGUGCUUUAAUGAAGUGGAAUUUAAUUGUAUUGCAUUAUAUCAUUAUUUUAUUGGAGGCUGAAAACCCGAGAUUUAUUUUUAACCGAGUUACCUCUACCUAUAAGAAUAAACAGGGUUUGUAGUUUUGUCGGAUUUUGAUUCAAGUUGUCAGAUAUUGACGCCUCAAAGGGUGUGAGGUUUUACAAAAUUCAAAAUAUUUUUCGGAUGGCAUCCAGGUGCGUGACAACAACCAAGGUAUUUUCUUUUGUCCCACUUAAAAUAAGAUUUUCUCGCACCUUUUGUUAACCUACUUUGUUUUGAUGUCCACGGUAACGCGGGCACUGAUAAUUAUUUCAAGAAAACACCUUCAGUUUUGUCUUAAAAAGGCUUGCUUACUUCAAGAGACUAAACGCUUAUAUUUUGUCUGCAUUUGUCUUUAAGAUUAAAUAACGUUUUUAUAAGAAUUUUCGUCAUGACAAGGCGUAAAAACGAAGAAAAAGGUUCAGGGCAGCUGAAUGAAUAACCACUAAUAUUGAAAUCAUCACACAGAAAAGAACAGCUUGUAAUCAAGCGAAAUUAACCUCUGGCCUAUACUAAACAUCCGUCCACCCUGCAUAUGGCGGAAACUACCAAUAACUUUACUGGCUUUCCGCGUCAUACGUUUCACGGUAGCCCUGUAUGACUGUAUCAAGAAGGCCAGUAUUAUAAUACUUGGCCUUUGAUUCUAUUAAUAUUGUUGUUUUUCCUCUUUUUCUAAAGGAGAUGCGGGUAAUUCUCUUGAUAGAAAUAACAAGGUUCCAUUUUCAACAAUGGAUAAAGACAUGUCCAAAGAUAAUUGCGCUCAUAAAUACGAGGCUUGGUGGUAUCCUACAGAUAAAUGUGACUGCGGUAACUCUAGCCUCAAUGGUAAAUACAAACAGAAAAACGCCCUAAGAUGGGAAAAUUGGGAUAAACAUAUUCCAGACUUGUCCGCAACAAAAUCUGAGAUGAAAAUCAAGCCAGAUUGCGCAAGAACAUAA